AUGGCGUCCGCCGCCAAGUUGUCGAGGUCGCGGCCCGCUGGCCACUCCGGAGUGUUCCGGGUGAACGCGGCGGCCGGCGUGGGAAGCAGCGACGGCGGGGUGCAGCUCGCGGACAAGCUCAAGAUAUUCAAGACCGACAACUUCGACCCCGACGCCUACGUGCAGUCCAAGUGCCGCGCCAUGGACGAGAAGGUGAGGAACUCGUCCGCCCCCGGAAGUUUGCCUCCAGCGGUGGCGGAAGGGUCGCGUCUUCUUUCGCUCGAAAGUGCGAAGGGCACGGGGUUCAGGGGUUCUCGAUGCGUUUGGAGUAGUUUACUGCGAAUUUGGAGUGAUUACGAUUGA